UCGUUUUUUUUUGAUAAUUAAUUCUAUUUUUGCUUCAUAUUAAAAUUAUCCUUCCAGAUAUAAAACCAAGUUGAUCAAAUGAUGCCACAUAUAUAAACCAAAAUGUUUGGGUUCAAACGUUCGGCGUUUCAACUCGUGGUGUGUCUGGCGUGGGGUUUGCAAUAUUACACCUUCGGUUCAUUAGUGUUAUGGUAUAUUUUCGCUUGUGGGUUGUCGGUGGCCGUGGUCCUGGCUGUUACAACUUAUGACCAUGACUACUGGAGGUCCCGAGGUGUGUUCUCGCCGCCGGCAUGGCCUGUUGUCGGGCACAUCCUGUCCGUGGUCAUGUUUAAAGAACAAGGAGGGAUGUGCUUCAAAAGGAUCUACGAUACUUACAAGGAUGAAAGAUAUUUGGGCACCCACCAGUUCUACCAGCGCACUCUAGUGGUCAGAGAUCCCGAGCUGAUCAGGAGGGUGUGCGUCAACGACUUCCAACACUUCACAGACCGAGGGUUCUUCUUCAAUAAGGAUGUGGAUCCCAUGGCCGGCUCUGUGCUGUUCUUGAGGGGCAACGAGUGGAAGAGGCUCAGGACUAAGAUCUCGCCGAUUUUCUCGCCAAACAAACUUCGUGGAAUGUUUCCGCUAAUAGAAAAUACGGCGGGAGAGUUCGUGACUAGAGUCAAAGACUUGCUGUCACAGCCUAAAGAUGUAACGAGUAAAAUAGUUGAAGAAAAUCCAGUAGGACCAUCCAACGGUGUCGGACAAGUCUCGUCUGUGGUCGACUCUGAGAAACUGGUUGGUGGUUAUACUGCUGAUGCUAUUGUGCCCUGUGCCUUUGGAUUGAAGAGUAAUGUCAUGUAUAACGACGAAGAUCCCUUCGCCGUGGCCUUGCAUGCGUUCUAUGAGAUGUCCGUGUUUAAUAUAUUUGAGAAGACGAUGCGUCAGUUCUGGCCGGCUUUUGUACUGUUCUUCAGAAUGAGAAUAAUACCUAAGAAGACGCAUGACUUCUUCUAUAACAUAGUUACUAGUGUGUUAAGGGCUCGAGAGAAAGGCGUUCAGGAGAAACGCGGCGACUUUAUAGACAUGAUGAUGGCGUUGAGAAAUGAUGACACCAACAAUAAUAGCUGUAAAAAAGACAAUGAGGAUGUCGAAAUCACCGACAUGGUGAUAUCAGCAAAUGCUUUCAUUAUUUUCCUGGGCGGCUUCGAGACCACCUCCUCGACCCUUGCCUUCCUGUUCCUGGAACUGGCUGCUGACCAGCGGGUGCAGGAGGCGAUGCGGCAGGAGAUCAGAGAAGUGCUGGAGAAACACGAGGGGAAGAUCACGUAUGAACUGCUGCAAGAGCUCGUGUAUAUGGAGAUGGUGAUUCAAGAAACCCUUCGGUUGUACCCUCCAUUCCCUAGCAUCCAGCGGCUGUGUACCAAAGACUACACGAUACCAGGGACUACCACCGUCGUGGAGAGAGGGACUAUCGUGCUCUUCCCCACUUUAGGGAUACAGAGAGAUGACCAGUACUUCGAGAACGCGUCUGCCUUUAUCCCGGAGCGCUGGUCCGAGGGCCGGCCGCAGCCGCCCCCAGGUGUCUACAUGCCCUUCGGAGAUGGCCCACGGUAUUGCAUAGGUAUGGUGUAUCCCUACUAAUA